CGGAGAGAUAGUGGGGGUUAAAGAGAGGGGAAGCUGAUGUUUAUGGGUGCAGUGAGGAAACUACAUAAGGACCUGUCGAAGUACUAUACGGAGACCCUCGGGCAUCGACUACCCUCGCCGGCACCGAAUCUCACGGCCAUCGCGAAGGACUCGAAUGUGGAGGAGACUAUCAAGCUCGCGAAAAUUAUUGUCGCCACGGCAGUCCUGAGUGACCGGAAGGAGGAUUUUAUCGCGAUGAUCCAGGCUCUGUCGCCGAGCUCGCAGACGGAGAUGAUGAAUAUCCUCAACGAGAUGAUCUUACUGGAUCAAGCGGAUGAUGGAGACAGCAGCAAGAGCGGCGAUGCGUAAAGCCCCCAGAUUGUGCUAUCCGUGUUUGCAUAUCUAACG